AUGUAUGAAAGACCAGAGGGAAUUGAAAAUUGCAAGAUCUGGAUCGACGGGUGUUUCGAUUUUGCUCAUCAUGGCCACGCUGGUGCAAUGUUGCAAGCUAGACAGUUAGGAAAAGAAUUGUAUGUAGGUGUUCAUUCAGAUGAGGAAAUUUUACAUAACAAAGGUCCUGUUGUUAUGAAGCUUGAAGAAAGAAUGACAGCUGUAGAAGCAUGUAAAUGGUCAACCCGCGCUAUUGGUGGUGCGCCAUAUGUAACUGACCCAAAAGUGAUGGCAGAAUACGAAUGUAAGUACGUAGUUCAUGGUGACGAUAUCACCACUGAUGCAAAUGGAGAAGAUUGCUAUCAAACUGUCAAAGACUUGGGCUUAUUUGUUGUUGUCAAAAGAACUCCAAACAUUCUGACAACUGAUUUAGUUGGAAGAAUGUUGUUGAUGUCUAAAUCUCACCACUUCCCCCAAUUUAGUGGUAAGAAGUUCAGUAAUGGGAACGAAACAUUAUUUGAUUCGAGUCAUUUAGAAAAAUUCGGUCAGUACGCUACUGACCCUACUGGACUUGCCAAAGGAUCCAUUGUCUUGAGCUAUAAUGUUGGGGGCAAUGGUCAAUUGACUCAACUCAUAGCACCUUCAGAGAGCAACAAAAAGGCUUUAGAAGAGAAAGGAAUUUUCUAUGUAGAUGGAGGGUUUGACCUUUUCCACCCCGGUCACAUUGAGGCACUUAGAUUGGUUGCAGAAGAUGCGACGAGCCAUGGUGCCAAGGUAAUAGUCGGAAUUCAUGACGACCACACGGUAAACGUGGAAAAGGGAUUGAAUUAUCCGAUUAUGAAUAUCUUUGAGAGAUCUUUAUGUGUUUUGCAGUGCAGAUACGUCGAUGGUGUCGUUUUGGGGGCACCGUACAACCCAACAGAAGAAGGAUUUUUAGAAAAAUUACCUGGAAGUAUCAAGAGAGUCUACCAUGGUCAAGAGAAAGUUGAAGACUCCCAAGGAAAUGACCCAUAUGCAAAGGUAAAGACUGAGGGUCUUUUCCACUUCAUUGGACCUCAUAAAUUUGAUGAUAUUAACACAGAAGUCAUCGUCGAGAGAGUAUUGAGUAACAAGGCUGCCUACGAAGCUAGACAAAAGAAGAAAGGCUGGAAAGCUGAAAAUGAAAAAUUAUUGAGAGAAGAAGAAUUGAAGAAACAUUUGAAGUCUGAGUAG